GUUUUUAAAUGUUGGUGCAAGAUGUCUCUCUAACAUUAAUUAUGUUUGCAGGUGACCAUAUCAUUCACAAAAAUUAUUCUCAUCUCAAUCCGACCAGGCACAGAAACUCUUGGAAAACUUCCUGGAUCUGAAAUGUUUUGCGACACCGCACAAUAUCCAAUGGCUGUUAAAAUUCCUGGAGUUAUGAUAAUCCGUGUCAAGUCUGCCUUGUUUUGUUUUGCAAAUGCCAAUUUCGUUAAAGAAAGGAUUGUGAGGUGGAUAACUGCACAGAAAGCUGCGGACACCAAAGGGCAGACUAAAGACAAAGAGGCUAUUCAUCUCGUAAUUCUUGACAUGUCUAAUUUGAUUAACAUUGAUACAUCUGGAAUAGCUACUCUAGAGGAGCUGCAAAAGAAUUUGAUCUCCGAAGGAAUUGAG